AUGUGUGCACAUAUCAUACACGUCACCACAUACAACCCUGAGGUUAUCCAAGCACAUAUCAUACACGUCACCAAAUACAACCCUGAGGUUAUCCAAGCACAUACCGUACACGUCACCUCAGACAACCCUGAGAAUGUCCCAUCACAUACCAUACACGUCACCACAUACAACCCGGAGAUUAUCCAAGCACAUACCGUACACGUCACCACAUACAACCCUGAGAUUAUCCGAGCAGAUACCGUACACGUCACCACAUACAAUCCUGAGAUUAUCCGAGCACAUACCAUACACGUCACCACAUACAACCCGGUGAUUAUCCGAGCACAUACCGUACACGUCACCACAUACAACCCUGAGAUUAUCCAAGCACAUACCGUACCCAUCACCACAUACAACCCUGACAUUAACCGAGCACAUACCGUACACGUCACCACAUACAACCCUGAGAUUAUCCGAGCACAUACCGUACACGUCACCACAUGCAACCCAGAGAUUAUCCGAGCAUAUACCGUACACGUCACCACAUACAACCCAGAGAUUAUCCUAGCACAUACCGUACACGUCACCACAUACAACCCUGAGAUUAUCCCAGCACAUACCGUACACGUCACCACAUACAACCCUGAGAUUAUCCCAGCACAUACCGUACACGUCACCACAUACAACCCAGAGAUUAUCCUAGCACAUACCGUACACGUCACCACAUACAACCCUGAGAAUAUCCCAUCACAUACCAUACACGUCACGACAUACAACCAUGAGAUUAUCCCAGCACAUACCGUACACGUCACCACAUGCAACCCUGAGGUUAUCCGAGCACAUACCGUACACGUCACCACAUACAACCCUGAGAAUAUCCCAUCACAUACCAUAUACGUCACGACAUACAACCCUGAGAUUAUCCGAGCACAUACCAUACACGUCACCACAUACAACCCUGAGAUUAUCCCAGCACAUACUGUAUACGUCACCACAUACAACCGAGAUUAUCCGAGCACAUACCGUACACACAUCACCACAUACAACCCUGAGAUUAUCCGAGCACAUACCAUACACGUCACCACAUACAACCCUGAGAUUAUCCCAGCACAUACUGUACACGUCAGCACAUACAACCCGGAGAAUAUCCGAGCACAUACCAUACACGUCACCACAUACAACCAGGAGAUUAUCAGUGCACAUACCAUACACGUCACCACAUACAACCCUGAGAUUAUCCGAGCACAUACCGUACAUGUCACCACAUACAACCCUGAGAUUAUCCGACCACAUACCGUACACGUCACGACAUACAACCCUGAGAUUAUCCCAUCACAUACCAUACACGUCACCACAUACAACCCUGAGAGUAUCCGAGCCCAUACCGUACACGUCACCACAUACAACCCUGAGAUUAUCCGAGCACAAAUCAUACACGUCACCACAUACAACCCUGAGGUUGUCCAAGCACAUACCAUACACGUCACCACAUAAAACCCUGAGAUUAUCCCAUCACAUACAGUACACGUCACCACAUACAACCCUGAGAUUAUCCAAGCAGAUACCUUACACGUCACCACAUACAACCCUGAGAUUAUCCCAUCACAUACCAUACACUUCACCACAUACAACCCUGAGACUAUCCGAGCCCAUACCGUACACGUCACCACAUACAACCCUGAGGUUAUCCGAGCACAUACCAUACACGUCACCACAUACAACCCUGAGAUUAUCCGAGCACAUACCGUACACGUCACCACAUACAACCCUGAGAUUAUCCCAUCACAUACAGUACACGUCACCACAUACAACCCUGAGAUUAUCCGAGCACAUACCAUACACGUCACAACAUACAACCCUGAGAUUAUCCCAUCACAUACCAUACACGUCACGACAUACAACCCUGAGAUUAUCCGAGCACAUACCAUACACGUCACCACAUACAACCCUGAGAUUAUCCGAGCACAUACCGUACACGUCACCACAUACAACCCUGAGGUUAUCCAAGCACAUAUCAUACACGUCACCAAAUACAACCCUGAGGUUAUCCAAGCACAUACCGUACACGUCACCUCAGACAACCCUGAGAAUGUCCCAUCACAUACCAUACACGUCACCACAUACAACCCGGAGAUUAUCCAAGCACAUACCGUACACGUCACCACAUACAACCCUGAGAUUAUCCGAGCAGAUACCGUACACGUCACCACAUACAAUCCUGAGAUUAUCCGAGCACAUACCAUACACGUCACCACAUACAACCCGGUGAUUAUCCGAGCACAUACCGUACACGUCACCACAUACAACCCUGAGAUUAUCCAAGCACAUACCGUACCCAUCACCACAUACAACCCUGACAUUAACCGAGCACAUACCGUACACGUCACCACAUACAACCCUGAGAUUAUCCGAGCACAUACCGUACACGUCACCACAUGCAACCCAGAGAUUAUCCGAGCAUAUACCGUACACGUCACCACAUACAACCCAGAGAUUAUCCUAGCACAUACCGUACACGUCACCACAUACAACCCUGAGAUUAUCCCAGCACAUACCGUACACGUCACCACAUACAACCCUGAGAUUAUCCCAGCACAUACCGUACACGUCACCACAUACAACCCUGAGAUUAUCCGAGCACAUACCGUAUACGUCACCACAUACAACCCAGAGAUUAUCCGAGCACCUACCGUACACGUCACCACAUACAACCCUGAGAUUAUCCCAGCACAUUCCGUACACGUCACGACAUACAACCCUGAGAUUAUCCGAGCACAUACCGUACACAUCACCACAUACAACCCUGAGAUUAUCCCAUCACAUUCCGUACACGUCACCACAUACAACGCUGAGGUUAUCCGAGCACAUACCAUACACAUCACCACAUACAACCCUGAGGUUAUCCGAGCACAUACCAUACACGUCACCACAUACAACCCUGAGAUUAUCCGAGCACAUACCGUACACGUCACCACAUACAACCCUGCGAUUAUCCGAGUACAUACCGUACACGUCACCACAUACAACCCUGAAAUUACCCGAGCACCUACCGUACACGUCACCAGAUACAACCCUUAGAAUAUCCGAGCA